AUGUCGGCGACCGUUGUGGCCGAGGUGAAGGAGCAGGUGGUGGAUAGCGUGCCGAAGCGCAUCAAGGAGCUUCAGUUUGGCAUCUUGUCCAACCAGGACAUUGUCAACCAAGCCGUACUCGAGAUCUCCGACCGCAAUGUCUAUGAAUCCAUCAGUUCGGGACCGAAUAGGGCCGUUACCCGCCAUGGUCCCAUGGACGGCCGCAUGGGGACGUCGAGCAAGUCAGGUCUCUGCGAUACCUGCGGCGAGGGCCUCAAGGAAUGCAACGGUCACUUCGGAUAUGUCAGACUUGCGCUGCCGGCCUUCCACAUCGGAUACUUCCGCGCCAUCAUUGAGAUCCUGCAUUGUAUCUGCAAGGGUUGUUCAAGAGUGUUACUAGAAGAAAGCAGCCGGCGGGCCUAUCUCAGAAGGCUACGCAUGCCGCAUCUCGACAACCUGCGAAGGACUGGGAUAUGCAAGGCCGUGGCCGCCGAGGCCAAAAAGUGCAAAGUCUGUCCCUACUGUGGAGUCAUCAACGGCCCCGUCAGGAAGGUGGCAAACCACCCCCUGAAAAUCGUCCACAACAAAUACGAUUCCUUUCUCAGGUCAACCGCCAAGUCCAAAGUUGCACCGGCAUGCAAGGUUGAGUUUGACAAGACGUUCGAGACGGCAAAGGCAGACAACCCCGAACUGGAGAAGCAUCUGCGUAAGGCUGUGGAUGAUAUGAACCCCCUGAGAGCGCUCAACCUAUUCCGCCGGAUUUCAGACACCGACUGCGAACUCCUCGGUAUGGACCCCAAGGAGGGAAGACCGGAGAUGUUCAUCUGGCAAUAUGUUCCAGCCCCGCCAGUCCCUAUUCGUCCCUCGGUGCAGCAAGAGGCAGCCACAACGGAAGACGAUAUCACCAACAAGCUCGGCGACAUCAUCCAGAUCAGUUCACUGAUCCGUGCGGGGUUGGAGAAGGGUCAGCCUGUUCAGGUGCUGAUGGAACAGUGGGAAUUCUUGCAGCUGCAGAUUGCUAUGUACAUCAACAGCGACCUGCCCGGCCUUCAGCAACAGAACGUCGGAAAACACAUGCGAGGAUUCUGCCAGCGUCUCAAGGGAAAGCAAGGCCGGUUCCGAGGCAACCUUUCAGGAAAGCGUGUCGACUUCUCAGGCCGCACCGUCAUUGGUCCUGACCCGAACCUUGGGAUUGAUGAGGUUGCUGUUCCUGAGCGCGUAGCUGUCAAUCUCACCUACCCGGAGCGUGUUUCGCGAUACAACAUCGAGAAGCUUCGAGACUGCAUCCGCAGAGGGCCAAAGAAGCAUCCUGGAGCGAACUACAUCGUAGAGAAGGCCACUGGCGACAAAAAGGCUCUCGCUGUCCACGCUCGGCGGGGAACACUCGAUGUACCUGCCCGCCAGCUACAGAUUGGCGAUCUAGUUGAGAGACAUCUUGAAGAUGGAGACAUCGUACUAUUUAACCGUCAACCCUCACUACACAAACUCAGUAUCCUCAGUCACAAAGCGAAGAUUCGUCCGUGGCGGACGUUCCGUCUCAACGAAUGCGUCUGCAAUCCGUACAACGCUGACUUCGACGGCGACGAGAUGAACUUGCACGUGCCGCAGACAGAAGAAGCCCGAACGGAAGCCAUCGAGUUGAUGGGCGUCAAACACAACCUUGCCACUCCAAAGAACGGAACACCGAUCAUCGCGGCCAUCCAGGACUUCAUCACCGCGGCUUACCUGCUCUCCAGCAAGAACAACUUCUAUGAUCGCAAGACGUUCGCUCACAUAUGCGGCUACAUGUUCAAUGCCGACAGCAUCAUCGAUCCCGACACUGGGGAACGAAUGAGUAUCGAACUGCCGCCUCCCGCCGUUCGCAAACCCCAGAGGCUAUGGACGGGAAAGCAGGUUUUCAAUGUCCUCAUGCGUCCAAACAGCCGCUGCAAAGUGCUUAUCAACCUAGAUGCGAAGUGCAAGCAGUUCAAAUCAGACGGCAAGAAGUGGGCUGCGGACAUGAAUCCGGACGAUGCGUAUCUUGUCAUUCGGAACUCCGAAGUCAUGUGCGGCUGCAUGGACAAGGCCACUGUAGGAGACGGAAAGAAGGAUUCGGUAUUCUAUGUCAUGAUGCGCGAUUUCGGUCCCGACUACGCAGUACAAGCCAUGAAUCGACUGGCGAAGUUAUGCGCUCGGUGGCUGGCAAAUCAGGGGUUCUCGAUUGGCGUCAGCGAUGUCAUGCCCAGCGGACGGCUUACGGAGGAAAAGGAGAAGCUGGUCCAGAAAGCUUACGCAGAGUGCGAUAAGCUCAUCGCCGACCUCAAGAACGGCAAACUGGAAAGAGACGCAGGGUGUGACGAAGAACAGACUAUGGAAAACCGCAUUUCAGGUAUCCUGAGCGCUGUUCGUCAACAAGCAGGUGAUAUCUGCUUCGCCGAACUCAGUAACUGGAACUCCCCGUUGAUCAUGGCCAAAUGCGGCUCGAAAGGUUCCAACAUCAACGUGUCGCAAAUGGUGGCUGCCGUCGGACAGCAAAUCAUUGGUGGCAAGCGUGUUACCAAUGGCUUCCAGGAUCGAACGUUGCCACAUUUCCCAAAAGCCGCACGUCAACCGCCUUCGAAAGGUUUCGUUAAGAACAGCUUCUUCACGGGUCUCAAUCCGACCGAGUUCAUCUUCCACGCAAUGUCCGGUCGUGAAGGUCUAGUCGACACAGCGGUCAAGACGGCCGAGACCGGGUACAUGUCUCGCCGUCUCAUGAAGUCGCUUGAGGAUCUUUCUUCGAACUACGAUAACACCGUCCGAACUUCUUCUUCCGGUAUUGUACAAUUCCAGUACGGAGACGACAAGCUUGACCCCGUAGAUAUGGAGGGCAAGGCAAAACCUGUCAAUUUCGAGCGGACCUUCACGCAAGCCAUCACGACGACAUGGGAUAACAGUGAGAGGGGUCUCUUUCCAUUUGAGAUCCUCCGGAUAGCUGGCCAGUUAUUGCAAAGAGAACGCCACAGACUUCCGCGAACAGAUCUCUUCGGCAAGAUCCUGAACUACAAGGACAAGAGCGACUAUGGCAUCGACAAGGAUGAUAGCGAGCGGGACUUUUUAGACUCUGUUGAGAAGCACAUCAGAUUCGAGGCUGAGAGACUCGCCGCAACCCGAAGACGCAUGAAGAUGUGGGCAGCACUGGAGUAUGAUGACCGAAUAGACUGGGACACGGCCGACGCGGGGUUGCCUGUCGAACUGAAUGCCGCCAACGCCAUCGCCAAAGUCUCGUGGCGGGCGUUGGACGAGUUCGUCAGGCUUUGCCUCACCAAGUACAAGCGGUCAAUCGUCCAGCCGGGCCAUGCAGUAGGCGCAGUCGGCGCUCAGUCCAUCGGUGAACCAGGCACGCAGAUGACUUUGAAGACUUUCCAUUUCGCUGGUGUUGCCGGAAUGUCUAUCACGCAAGGUGUGCCGCGUAUCAAGGAAAUCAUCAACGCUUCGACGGAGAUCAGUACUCCGGUCAUCUCUUGCGAGCUUUCUAACAAGGAGAGCGAACAAGCUGCGCGCAUUGUCAAGAGCCGUAUCGAGAAGACAUACCUGCGCGACGUCAUCGCCUACAUCGAAGAUGUCUGGUACGGCGAAGGCUGCUACCUCAACAUGCGUGUCGACCAAGGCACGAUCCAGAAGCUCGCUCUCGACAUCACUAUGAGCGACAUUCAGCGCGCCAUCAAGCGGACCAAGGGCCUCAAGCUCCCAGAAGGCAGCACCAUUAAGACCUUCGCCAACCACUUCCGCGUCUACAUUGGGGAUCCCCAAAACGCCACGAAGCGCCGCAGCGCCAAGGCAAAGGAAGAAGAGUACUUCGUCGUGGUGCAGAACCUCAAGCGCAACAUCCCCGACGUCAUCAUCAAGGGCUACCCGCAAGCGACCCGCGCCAUCAUCAAGAAGGACGACAAGCCCAACGCGAACGGCAUCGAGGAAGUCGCGCUGCUCGUCGAGGGCUACGGCCUCCUCGCCUGCAUGAAUACCGAAGGCAUCGAGGGCACCAAAACCCGCACGAAUUCCGUCAUGGAAACGAAAGACGUCCUCGGCAUCGAAGCCGCGCGCAAAACCAUCAUCUCCGAAAUCAACGAGGUCAUGAAGGGCAUGGACAUCGAUCCCCGACACAUGCAGCUGCUCGCGGACGUCAUGACGUAUAAAGGCGAGAUUCUGGGGAUUACCCGUCAUGGUCUGGCGAAGAUGCGGGAUAGUGUCCUCCAGCUUGCGAGCUUUGAGAAGACGCCGGAUCAUCUGUUUGAUGCCGCGUUUCAUAUGAAGAAGGAUCGGAUUGAGGGCGUCAGCGAGUGUAUCAUCAUGGGUCAGAGUAUGAGUAUUGGGACGGGCGCGUUUAAGGUCGUGAGGACGUUGGGGCUGAAGGAGGAGCAGUUGGGAAAGAGUGAGCCGCUAUUUGGGGGCUGUUUUGAGGCGAUGAAGAAUGUUGCGGCGGCGGCGUGA